CCUUCCCUCUUGCCAGUCCUCGCGCAAGCUGCUAGCCGUCCGUGUGUGCGUAUGUGUGUGUGUUGUUGUUGAAGCAAUGAUGGCGGCAGCGGGAUGCGGAUCAGCAACCGCGGCUGCCGGGGGAGGCCAAGGUGGAACCGCCACGGCCAGAGGUCGUUUCCCCGGUCGGCCUUGGUCAUCUCGCAGUCGUUUGCGCUCUGAGAAGCGGUGGCAACUCGGGCGGUCAGGCUUAGAAGGCGAAGAUGUGACUUGCGGAGGGCCCAGGCCCUCAAACCUGGUGGUAUCGUUAAACGAAGACCAGUCUCACUUGCGCUUACUCGGAAUAGAAGCGAGCCACAAGACCCUUGGCCAAGCUGGGUACAGCUCUAGUGGGAGCGAAGAGGUGAGGUCCCAACCCGACUCAGGAGGCGAUGACUUCAGAGGUUUUGUAGCCGAGAGAAAACGUUCCAAAGGAGCGCCUUGGUCUCGGCAUAACCCUUCCAAAGGUGAGGAUGUCAGUACAAAAUCCAAACGUCAAAGUGCGACGAAGGUACCGCCUAUUCCGCCAGCCAAGGAGGUACCUAUGUGUCCACCUGAUCCUGUGAAAGAUGAAAACUCGGCAGAGGAGAAGCAUGCCGCAUCUUCCAAAUCGGAGAAUGCUAAGGGUUCCAGGAAACGUUCUAAAGGCAAGAACACAGUGGUUCAGGAGUUGACGAAAAGUGAAGCGUUGUCACCAACGCCGAGGAUUACUAUAAAGUUGGUGGCUAAAAAGAAAACUAGAACUGUAAAGGAGCCUCAUAAAAAGUCUGUCAAGAAAAUGAAGGUAAAAGAAGCCGAGGAGCAGCCCAAAGUCGACAUCAUUCAGGCUGAACAAAUUUCCAGCGCUCAUGUCAAAUUAAAAGCUGAACCGCAUGAGGAGACUGCACACAACAAGGGUGUGGGGAUUUUACCUGCCAGAAGACGCGGACGAUCUGCUUCAAAGGGGAGAAUAUCGCCCUGCCAGCCUGCUACCGAAGUUGUUGCUGAGGACCAGAAGUCACCUGAUCAAUCUGACACUGUGAUAGAGGCUAUAAAGUCAAAGGCAAAGUUAAUAAAAGACUCUAAAGCCAAUCGAAAAGUGAUUCGGAGAAGUAAUAGAGUCACUAACCCACUCCUAAAACCUGUCUCAAACCUUGCUGCUGAACCGGAAAAUCCCAUCAAAAGUGAGUCCACUCUCAAUACAAAGCCACAAGUGUCCAGAAAAGUUGGCUUGUUGAAAAGGGGUGGACAGAGGAAAAGUAAAAGGCUUAACAAGAAGGAUACUUCAGUGCCAGAUAACCAUUCUUCAUCCUCCACAGAGACAGAUCAUUUAUCUGUGGAACCUGGUGACGGGUUACCGUCGAACGAGGAAGCUGGGGUCCCACAUUUGAAAUUGAUAAGGAUCAAAAACCCCAAAUAUGACACACACUCCAGCGGGAAAAAGUCAACUCGAAAAAAGAAGCGGAAAAAAUUCAUCUGGACUUUAUCAUUAGUUACAUUAGGAAGUCAGACCCAGCCUGCUAACAGCAUAGUCAAACCUCAAAAAAAGAGGGGACCUGAAGUAGAUCUGCCCGUUCUGUGUGAGAGUGCUGUUGACACCAGUCUGACAGUAGUAGAACAUCUUUCACAAGUAGACAACUCCGUUCCACCGGAGAGUAAUAAAACAGACAGCUACGAGAAAGAGAGCCAAAAAGAAGCUGAUGUGACCAGUCAGAAAAAGUCCACAUUGCAAGAGAAACUUACAGCAGGAGGCGAAAAUGAAAGUUGUCAUCAAGAAGUCAAAAAUUUGGAGUGUGGGAAAGUCCCACCUCUUCAGAUAAAAAAGCUUUCUUCUCCUGGCAAACAUAAAAAGUCCAAGGCAUCCUUUUUGGUUCAGCAAGUCAGCCCUGUGCCUGAAAAUAAAGACCAUGCUCCUAAAGAAGGCAAUAAAGUUCAAGAGGAAAAAGUUUUGUUGGAUGUGGAGGUCCAGCCCACCAGGAAACUUCGGAGCAGAACGGCAAGCCUUGAGUCGCCUCAAAAAAAGCGACGUAAACCCACGACGACUCCAACAAAGCGGAGGUCCAGAACGAGUCCUGUGGAGGAAAAAACACCACAGGUGGAAAUUGAAUCUCCUGCUCAUGAGUCCAGUGCGCAUGUUCUCCCUGAAAAGUCCUCAGAGGAAACCAGCAAUAAAGCCUCUGAUAUUCCUGCGAAGGAUUCCACAGAGGUAACAGAUGAUCCCUUACCGGUGCCUGAUGAAGUGUCUCCGCUGAAGACGACAGAGAAUGAGGUCGAGCUACAAAUGAAUGAGGACAAACCAUUGUCCGUGCCUUCGAAACCUAGGAGACAUCGAAAUAGUAAAUCAGGGAAAAGGAGGUCCGCUAAAAAGAAGAAAGCUGCUGUUACUCAAAAAAGCACCAUUGAUGUAGAGUUGGCCGCUGUUGAAUCUGCUGGCACAGAGUCUAUCUUUCAGGAUGAUAGUCAAGCUUUAGAAACAGAAGCAAGUCUACCUAAUGUUGUAGAAGAAACCGUCCAGCCUGAGGCCGUAGAAGAAAAUGUCCAGCUCCAGGCCGUAGAAGAAAGCAUCCAGCAUCCUGAGGAAAAUGAGGUCACUGUAUCAGUGGAGGAAGAGCAGAAACCAGCAUCGGUAAAGGAGGAAACAGACAUCCAGUUAAUAGAUUGUCAGCAGUUGGUGCCUUUAGAAAGUCAAGGAAGUGACCCAAACACUUUGUGUUUACCAAAGAAAUCCAGGAAAAAAGUAAAAAAGAGGCGGAAAAAUUUAAUUGGACAGCGUCAGAAGCACAAACACAGGAACACGGAUGGAAAGUUUGCUCCACUUAAAUCAAAAAAUCAGGGAACAAUUGAAGAGGAUGCUGACAUUUCAAUCCAAUCAGAAGUAGGCGCUUCUCCCACAGUUGGUACAGAUACUAAACUAGUUGGUGUGCAUAAAAAAUAUAAAAAGAGACCUUCUGGUAUUAAGUUACACUCUAAAAGCCCAGAGUCUAUCCUUUCUACGCUGAUAGAAAUAGGGCUUGACAAAGACAGCGACAGUUUGAAACAGGAAGAAAUGGAUUCGAUAGUGGAUGGGUCACGACCAGAUGGUGAUGACCAUCCGCCUGGCAAAACAAAGUUUGUAAAAAACAUAAAACACUUCAUAAUGCCCGUUGUAAGUGCUAGAUCCUCUCGAGUGAUCAAAACCCCACAACGAUUUAUGGAUGAUGUUGGAAUGUCCGUGUUGCCACGGAGGAACUCCCCAAAGAAAGGCUUGCAACUAGGCUUGCAAAUACGCACUGGAAAGAGGCAAGAUGACGAGCCGGGCCAAGCCAUCUCCCCCAUCCUACCUGUUGACGAGGAGGACAUAUUGAGAGAAGCUCAGUUGGAUCUGGAUCUGUUUUCAUCUGACGACCUGGAUGACACCGCUGACAUAACUGACCUUUUUACGGAGACAAAAAGCGACAAAGAGGAAAAGAAGAUCUCUAUUCAGAAGGGUUCCAAUUUCAAGUGGGAUCUGCCUCCAGAGUUGACUGAGGAAAUCUUUACACUGGACAAAACUCCCGAGGACAAAUGUGAAGAUCUCUUUUUAUCUCUACCGGUUGAUAAACCCAGAGAUUGUCUAUCUACUGGCCUUUUGGAUGCUCAAAAAAAGAAGUCACCUCUUAAGUUGAACAAGCAAGCAGCACACUUUAAAAUUUAUCAACGACUGAACAAGUUGCACAAAGGACUUCCCCCAAGCAAAAGUGCAGCAGAAAUGGAAGGUUUAAGCAAAACUCUGCAGCCACCUGUUGAUUUAGCGGAAGGACUUGACGAUGAGGCCAUGAGCAUUAGCUUGAGGCAACGCAGCACAGACAGUGCAAAGGAAAAAUCCAAGCUCAAAAUAGAAGACAUUGACUCACCUGGAGUUGUUAGAAAGGUUUGCAUAAAAGAUACCAAGUCCGGGUUGCUCACCUUUCAUAGUGCGGAUAAAGAGGAUUUAGUCGGGAAAGAGAGUGUCAAGCUUCACUCAGCCGAGCCUCAGCCUGGACAGCAGUCAGGUGCAGGCGAAGUCGACUAUCCUGCAUCUGUGGGGAAAGGAGCUUCGCAAAGGGCACGACUUACUGGUGCCAAUAAAAGAAUGUUGAACCUCCUCAGAAAAGCGAAAGCUCAGCUCAUGAAAAUUGACCAGCAGAAACAGAUGAAGUCAUCUGGGCUGUUAUCUGGCCCAACUGGUGUCCGAUCGAGAAAGUUGACCUCUAAGAGACAAAAAAGGAAGCAAAGGAUGCAGCUUGAUACCGAUGUUCCAAUCAAGACAGAGCCACCUCAAGGACAACCGCAGCUCAUCUCCAUGCUGUGCCAAGAGUUUCGCCAAGCAGGAGGUCCACGCAUAAAGCACGUCUGCAGAGCCGCUUCCGUGGUGCUUGGACAGCCUCGGGCCUUGGUACCAGAUGACAUUCCCAGGCUCAGCGCUCUGCCUCUGCACGAAAGAACAGGCAUCUCUCCUUCAGCUGUCACAAAGGAUAUUGCAGAUGGCUCUCAAUCAGAAUCGGACAGCCCCGACUUCUCAGACUCAAAAGUCACUAAGGUCAAGAAGGCGUCGAGUUUCAUAAAACGAAAAGGACUUGGGCCGUUCGGUUACCGCUCUCGCAGGUGUGGUGUAUGCAAAGGCUGUCAUCAUGAGGAGGAUUGUGGGACUUGCAUCAACUGCCUUGACAAACCCAAGUUUGGUGGUCCCAACACCAAGCGACAGUGCUGCGUGUACAAGAAAUGUGAUCAGAUUGAAGAGAGAAAAGCACGACGCAUAAGUGGAAGAACAGUACCCAAAGGUUCCAAACGAAGGCGACCCUCUUUCAGUGGCGGGCAUUCAAGUAAUGAUGAAGGGAUGGAGGGCGUGGCAGACUCGCCGUCUGGUCUCCAUGGUGACAGUCCAUCUGUGAGGAAGCAGCCUAAGCGUGUCGUGAAACCACGUGUCUACUUCGACCUGAUGGACUAUGAUUCCGAUCUGGAUGAAAAGACAUUCAGCUCAGCGUCACCUGCAAAGAAGAGAGGUAACGGACCUCGUUUGAGUCCAGACUUUGUUUCACUGGACGGAUUCCUUGGAGAUAUAUCAGAUGAUGAGACCCGGCAUCGAAAAUCCUGUUCACACCGUGUGCCAUCUGUUCGUCGUAAACCCGAUAAGGGUAUGUCAUCACAGGCUUCUUUUGAGGAGACACCACCAAGUGUCCUGGCUGCCUUGGCUAAUGGAUUUGAACAGAGAGAGGUUGAGUCUUCCAAACCCACCCAUAAAAUACGGGUUGACUUCAAGGAGGACUGUACCUUGGAGAAUGUGUGGAACAUGGGUGGUUUAAGUAUCUUGACCUCUGCACCCAACAUGCCACCGUAUGUGUGCCUCCUCUGUGCCAGUAAAGGACAACAUGAGAUGUUGCAUUGCCAAGUGUGCUGUGAGCCCUUCCACUGGUUUUGCCUUGAAGAGGUGGAGCGCCCCUCAGUGGAAAACAAAGAAAACUGGUGCUGUCGUCACUGCAAGUUUUGCCAUGUGUGUGGCCAGAAAAACAAGCAGUCAAAGCCGUUGUUGCAGUGUGAAAGAUGUCAGAACUGCUAUCACGCUUCCUGUCUCGGACCAAAUUAUCCAAAACAAAACAAGAAGAGGAAGGCGUGGGUUUGUAUGACAUGCAUCAGGUGUAAGAGUUGUGGGGUCACGCCAGGAAAGAGCUGGGAUAUAGACUGGAACCACAAUAAAGGACUAUGUCCAGACUGUUCAAAUCUCUAUGAACUAGGUAACUAUUGCCCGAUUUGCUUCAAGUGCUAUGAGGACAAUGACUAUGACAGCCAGAUGAUGCAGUGUGGCACAUGUAACCACUGGGUACAUGCCAAGUGUGAGGAUCUAACAGAUGAACUGUAUGAGAUCCUGUCCAGUCUACCAGAGAGUGUGGUGUAUUCCUGUCGGCCAUGCAGUGUGACUCAGCCCAGUGCCUGGAGAGAACUUCUCUACAUCGAGCUUCGAUCCGGGGUGGAGAAAGUUCUAGCUUGCUUGCUGUCUUCCACCCUCACCCAGCAUCUUGUUACCUGCUCACAGUGUGAAAAGUCAGUGGACCCUGACAGUGGAAUAGAAGGACAACCAGCUUGUGACCUUCGAGCUGUAGGCAAGAAGUUUGACAAAGGCCUUUAUACCACGUUGAAAAUGUUCCAUGAAGAUGUGGUUCAAGUGGUACGAAAGCGACUUGAACAAGAAGAUGACCUUCCAGAAGAGGAAAGACCCACUGCACUGGCACGCUCAUACUAUUUAAAGCUACUUGAAGAAGUCUUUAAUUGGUUUAACAGUCAAGACCCAAAAGUGUGGAACCCCCGUACUAAAGGACUGCCUAUGGGGAUGCUGUCACAUGCUGUUCAUCCUCCCACCCAUGAGCAUGUUUAUGCCCAGUGGCAAGAGAGGAACAAACUCCUAUCAAGGUCGCCUCUGGAACUCCUACAAGAGGAUAAUGAACAUACUUUAUUUGAAACAAAAGAAGAGAUGACUACUCCAAUGUCUACAGAGCCAACCAGCUGGAACCACACAAAGAACCGCAGGGACUUCAGGCACAAAUCGAAAGGGAAAAAAGGACGCCUGCAGAAAGCAGAUCCAGACACUGGUUGGUCGAAAGAUGAUGAGAGACAGUGCUCCUUGUGCCAAAAAUACGGAGAACGUAAACCUAAUGACGCCGGUAGGUUGUUGUACCUGGGCCAAAAUGAGUGGGCACAUGUCAACUGCAGUCUAUGGUCAGCAGAGGUGUUUGAAGAGGAUAAUGGCUCUCUACUACAUGUACACAGUGCGGUCACAAGGGGUCGCUUGAUGCGUUGUGAACGCUGCAACCAGCCGGGCGCCACAGUAGGCUGCUGCUUGACUUCCUGUCAGAGCAACUAUCACUUUAUGUGUGCCCGCUCCCGUCACUGUGUGUUCCAGGAGGAUAAGAAGGUCUACUGCCACAAACACAAACAUCUAAUCAGUGGAAAGGUGAUUACCGGUCAAGAGUUCGAAGUCAAUCGACGAGUGUAUGUGGAUUUUGAAGGCAUCAGCCUCCGCAGGAAGUUUUUAACUGGACUGGAGCCUGAGUUAAUAAAUGUCAUGAUUGGAUCACUACAGAUUGAUAAACUUGGUGUCCUGUCAGAACUUUCAGCCAACAAAGGAAAGUUGUUUCCUGUGGGAUUUCAGUGUUCACGAUGGUACUGGAGCACGGUCAAUCCAGUGCAAAAAUGCAAAUACACAUGCAAAGUCCGCGAAGUUCAACCUUUAAUACCAGAGAAACCUGAUGAAGAAAUGCCUGACCAAGGAGAUAAUCACACCAUUGAGCACAACCCAUGUGCAUUACCAGAAUCUGAGUCUCAAAAGACCGAUGCAUCAGAAUCACAUCCUCAACCUGAGGAACUGCCUGUCAGGGUUCCAUCCACAAAAUCAGACCAUGGGAUAAAGCCAAAGAUUCCCAGCUAUCCUCAAACCAGGAGACCAGCUGGAGGCAUGUCCAGACCUUUGCCAUCGCCAGGAGCAAUCACAACAAAACCUCACCACAUACUAACAGUAAGCGAUCUGGAGGAGACCCGCAGGGCUAGGCGCCACAACCCUCACUCACAGACAGCAGGCCUGCGUGGUAACAUGUCUCCUCCUCUGGGCCCCCCAACUGGACCAGUCACUCUCCGUGCGGGGAAAGCUUCCAUUUCCACUUCCCCGCUGUUUCCAAGUGCUAGUUCAGACAACCUGAUGAAUUCAGCCCGUCCAGUUGGAGGCAGAAGUGCUUCCUCAGUUCGUUGCACUGGUAACGCAAAUACCCAUUGUGCCUCGUCUUUCUUUCCUCAGUCUCCCUGGCAGGACAGUACAGAAACAUUUCCACCUCCAAGUCUGUCGCUGUCUUCAUCAAUACACAAUUUACCCAGGACUAGAUUGUCUUUUGAUCUAGGCCAAUCCGAUUCUGUUGAGGUACCGCACAACUUCUUAGCAUCUCCAGAGCCGGAAGAUGUCUCUCCAGCAAAUGGCACUUCACCCCAGGGUGGUGAACAGAAGGAUGAAGGGGAAUUUCCCUACAAUCCAUUCCACAAGGAUUCCAGUAUGGCUCUUGGCCAGGAGAUUGAAGAGACACUCCUAAAUGAAGUUGUGGCUAUGAACUGUGGCGGACAAAUAGUGGUGGAAGGAGACGAUCAAGAGGAAUUUUGGGGAAGAGCCCAAGAAGUACAGAAAAGAAAGUCCCUUGUUGCCAGUUUGCCACGGUCAGCAGCCUCAGGCAGGGCUGACUUGGAGAACACCUCCUCUGAUGAUGAUAUGGAGCAUUAUUUUGACUUCUCACGCACUAUUGUUAGCUGUCCAGGGUCUAAAGAUCAUUCCAAGUCUCCCACAUCUGCCUCCUCCCGGAACGUGGCUCAACUUGAUGGUGUGGAUGACGGAACAGAGAGUGAUGCAAGCAUCUCAACAAGUGAUGAUUCCCAGAAAGUCCGGGCUUCCGGUAAAUCUCUGAUCCCAGCCAAGAACCUAACUAACAGUGUGGUCCCAAAAAUUCUUAAUCAGACCCCCAAAUUGUCACCCAAAGACAUUCACAAAGAGUCCUCUUCUGUGAGCAUCUUAUCUGCAGUCCAUAACCCUAAUGGCAUGGGUUUGGUCCCUCCACACAAAGCGGAAUGCUCUGACACAAAGCAGGAAAAUAUGCAUCCUACAAAUGAGGGUCUGCCGGACUUACUGACAAAGAUGACUAAAAACUCCUCUUCUGAAGGGAGUUUACAGAGUUCCUGUCUAGAACCUGCCUCUGGAAUACCAAUUGUUCUUGAGACGCAUGACACAGCCCCACAUUUGAGAGGGAUGGUUGCUGUUUUAGAGGCCACACAAAUGCAGUCCCAGCAGACUGAACAUUCAAAACCUCCAAAAUCUGACAACAGUCACGUGUCUUCAGCUGAGGCCUGUACUGUGUUAGUUAAUCAUCUAACUGGUAACUCGGUGGAACCUUCCUUAGCAGAUUCAGCUGACAAUGCUCAGGGUUUGCUGCAGGGUUUUCUUCAAUCCUCCCCCUUAAUAUCAACAGAUGUGCAAUGCCCUUCUCAUGGACUUUCAGAAUCUGUGCAGAUGUAUUCCUGUUUGCCUGGUUUCACCCAGCCUACAGUCUCAAGUAUUACACUACAUCCAGUAACCUCAUCACAGGACUCAGCUUUUGUUCAAGUGGAUUCUUUAUCUACCAAACUAACCACCCCAAGUCCUGUUGGAGACCUGACACAGACUCUGUUAAAUGAGUCACCUCAAAAUAAUCCAUUGCUAUCAGAAACAUGUGUUCAUCCAGAAACCUUUGGUAACAUUUCAAUACCCAUGCACUCCACACAAACACAGCCAUUACGUUCAACAGCGGUCACCAUUCUUUCUUCUGCUUCGGUAACUUUUCCACCUGGACUCACUACAACUGUCCCUGCUUCAAUCCAAACCACCUCAGCCCCAAUAAUGUUAAAUGGCUACAGCACUUCAUCCACACAGAAGGAUGCUUCAUCUGGUCACACAAUCUCAAUUAACUUUUCUACCCCAAGACCCACUUUAGAACCUCAGCAUCCAGUCUUGUCACAGGCUUUGCCUGGCCACGCCAUUCUUACUGUGAAGGAAGUGGGAGGUCCAAAUGUUGACCCUACUCCGCAUGUCCUGUUGGUGAACCGUCUUGGGCAGAUUUUUGUGAAGAACCCAGAGAGCAACACAUUUCAGCUGCCUAAUCCAAAUUCCUCAUCCUUUAACUGCGUCACUCAGAUUGCCAGUCUUUUGCAAAGCAAUGCACUAUCAGCCACGCUAGCAGCAGCUGGUAACCUGUCUUCUCCACCUCCUGCUACAAACAUGAUGUCAACCACAUCCGGGCAAGCUACUCCUCCAGAUCAGAAUCCCACCACGAUUACCCAGCUGCUUACUCACAAUACCAAUGGGGCAUUGUCAUCGGUUAAUGUAAAAAAGCCAAGGAAGACUGCAAAAACACCCAAAGAUGAAACCGCUCCAGAAAAGAACAAGCCAAAGAAGAAAAAAGAAUCGAGUGCGUCGAAAAAAUCCAAGUCAUCCAAGACUGUUGGGCAGUCUACUUUGUCACCUAAGAGUUCUAACAUAUCUCCUGCAGAGAGCGCCGAAGCAAUUAUCAACCAAGCAAUGGCAAGCAACUACACCCCCAAGUGGAGCGGGCUUCGGACGCUUAGCCCUUCCUCUGUGGUUUUGCCCCUUGGCCUACUCAUUGAACCUGAAUCUCCAGCACCAUGUCCCAAACCAGCACCUCAUCCUGCUUCCUGCCCUCGCACUCAUGUCCGCAUGAAGCGAGUAUCUUCGCUUUCAGACCGUAUUGUUACCAAGAAGUCUAAAGUGGAUUUCCUUCCUUCUGAACUGACCAGUGAGGACGAGAACAAGCGACCAAACGUUCCGAGUGCGUCCAGCAGGGCCUCUGGAGUUCGCAUCAAGGCUCCAACUGUCAAAGGAGUACUCAACUUGGAUGAGUUGAAGCAGGAGCAUCUAAGCGAUUUUGAAAGCUCUGAUUCUGAACCGUGGGAUGGUCUGCCUUGGGGUGAACAUGGCAAGCAGCAGGCUUGGGAUUCAGUGGGACACAGUUCUCUCAUUGACUGGAAGAAAUACUCUGGUUCUACCUCCACUUCAGAUGAUGAAUCAUCAACAUCUGAUGAUGACAAAGAAUGUUUACCAAACAAAGAUCAGCCACACUUGCGAUUCGAGAUAAGCAGUGAUGAUGGCUUCAGUGUCGAGGCAGACACUAUUGAGGUGGCCUGGAAAGCAGUAAUAGAUGGGGUUCAGGAAGCGCGAGCAAUGGCAAAGUUGAGACCUCUGGCUUUUCAGAGAAUGACCGGCGCCCGAAUGCUUGGUCUGGUCCACGAUGCUGUGGUCUUCUUGCUGGAGCAACUUAAAGGAGCACAACACUGUCAACAUCACUCCUUCCGUUUCUUCAAGCAGUUCAGCCCGGAAGAUGACUUGCCUAUCAAUUCCACUGGCUGUGCCCGGUCUGAGCUAUACCUUAGGAAGUCAACAUUUGACAUGUUCAACUUCCUGGCAUCUCAGCAUAGGCAGCUUCCCGACAUUGGGCCUUAUGACGAUGAGGAAGACGAUGUUCUUUUAAAGUCCACAAGACGGGCCACUAGUUUGGAGUUGCCAAUGGCUAUGCGCUUCAGACACUUGGAAAGGACAUCGAAAGAAGCUGUUGGCGUGUACAGGUCUGCUAUCCAUGGGCGUGGACUCUUCUGCAAGAGAAACAUUGAAGCAGGCGAGAUGGUGAUUGAGUACGCUGGCACUGUCAUUCGAGCUGUGCUCACUGACAAAAGGGAGAAGUACUACGAUGGCAAGGGUAUUGGCUGUUACAUGUUUCGCAUCGACGAUUUUGACGUGGUGGACGCAACCAUGCACGGCAACGCGGCAAGAUUCAUCAACCACUCGUGUGAGCCCAACUGCUACUCCCGAGUAAUCAAUGUUGAGGGCCGCAAGCAUAUCGUCAUCUUCGCUUUGAGGAAGAUCUACAGGGGAGAGGAGCUCACGUAUGAUUACAAGUUUCCCAUCGAGGACGCCAGCAACAAGCUCAAUUGUAACUGUGGGGCGCGGCGAUGUCGGCGCUUCCUCAACUGAGAGAUUGCUCGUUUGAUACGGAAUUAAUCUCGUUAACUAGAAAGCCUUUAAUUAAGGUGGCACUGGAUGCAGCUCCAAAAUGUGGAAGGCACUAAGCACAGCAUAGGAAUUAGCCACUACGGAGACUAGUUGACAGUGUUCGAUGUGCGGGGAACCAGAAGAGCAUAUCUGACGCUGACACGUGUUUGAAAGCUCCCCUUAAGGCUGCCUUGUCAUAUACACCUGGUUCAGCAGGGUCGCCACACGAGAGAACACAAUAAUUUCUAAAGCAGUAUGAUGUUCGGGCAGGGGCUCCAAGUUCACUGUGGAUGACCCCAACCACAUUUCUUCGACAUACGUCAAGCCUUAUCUGUUGCUGAAAUUGUAAUACUCUGCUUUGACAGAUUCCUUAUAAUUUAGUCAUUUCUGGAGGAGGGGUUAUCUUUCUUUAGCACCUGUGUAAUCACAUUGUUGCCCCAUUUGUGUUGUGGUGAGGUCAGUUCUUGAGCCAUAUAUUCACCUUAACCUUAUUUUACGUUCUCUUAUGGUGGACACUUUCUUUUAUCGAUUUUAUUUUAUUUUUUUCAGAAUCAGAAGAUAACCAUGGUGCUAACAUUGCUGUCUAUUUAACAUCUUUGACUGAGAUGUCCUACCAGAUCAGGGUUUGUUUGGCUGCCCUGCUAUGUUAAAACUAAUGCACUCUAGCAGUACUUAACUUUUGUUUUAGUCAUCGCCUUCUGUUUUAGGUUCAAAAUUGAAAACAAAAAAUGCAUCUUUGAGAACUAUAUUUUUUGAUGCAUAGAAUAUGUAUCAACCCACCCAUACCAAAAAGUAAGAGUAAUGAAUCCCAAUUUUUAAAGUUACCGGUAAUGUUUUAUUCCGCUCGUGGUUGCUGCUGUUUGCGGAUCCUAAUAGGACUUUUUGGUGGCCCUCGUAAAUUAACAGCUCGCAAAUUUCCUGCUACUGUUGAAUUCUAAAUCAGGGAGAGUGCUGGUGUAAAUUGCCACUGAGCGUGUGCAUUUAGCUCCUGCACCAGGCUUGUUGUGAACAGCGCACUAGAUGCAGCACUUGGGAUCACAAGCCUUCGUUAAGUCAAAAAUGAUAUUGAAUUGUUGUUCUUAGUCGAUGUUAAGUACUGUCAUUAAUACGGUUAAUUGAAUUCACACUGUUAAGAAAUGAGUCGUGAUAUUUAUUCAAGUUUUUGAUUUUUACAUUUAUUGGUGGAAAGUUUGCUCUUUGUAUAAAUGGUGGCGGAUGUACAGCUUCAUUUGUAGUGCCCUUUUGUUUACAAGUGAUGUCCUUUGUUUCACCGAUUUACUUGAAUUUUUCCUUUGAAGCAAUCGUGUCAUACAUUCAUGGCCUUUUUUGUGACCGGGAUUGUUUGGAAUUAGGUAUUUUUAAAUAUUUUUUAAUUUAAUUUAAUUUUUUUUGUUGUCACGGUAAAUAACUGACGGUCUUAGAAUUAAAAGCAAGCACUGUUUGCCUCUUUAAACUCAUGAUGAUAUUUCCCUGCCCUUGUACCUUAUCUCUCCAAACAUAUUUUCAAUGGGAUCAUAUUUGUUUCUACUUUUGAAUUCUGUCAUUUUGCAUGUCCAAUCACUGGGAUGGAGCCCAGAUUAUUUAGUGUCAAUCACCUGGCUGGCAACAACAACAAAAAACAGAGUCACUCCCAACUCAUUGCAAGGAUUCUACCUCAGCUGUUUAGACAGAUGUUUGGGAAUACUGAUGCAAAAACAGGAUAACUCGGUUUUAAUGUCUGCAGAGCUGGUGUAUGUUUGCGAGUAUGUCUGUUUGUGUUGUUUUAGGUGCGUGUGUGUUUGCAAUGAAGGAUGCAAAGCUCUGGUCAAACCUGUAAAAAAAAAAAAAAAAUCCAGUUGAUCUUGCCCAAAUCUGUUCAGAAAGCUAUGUUAUAUUAUACACACAAAUAUAUAAAUAUAAAUAUAUAUAUAGUAGGGUUAUUUUAAAGUAAGUGUAAAAGACAAAAAUGAGAAAAUAUGUGAUCUUUAAAUUUAUGUCUUUGUUACCAUGUACAAAUAAACCCUGAGUUUGUAAAUAUUUGUAUACGUAUUUCUAAACCGGUU